UGCCUCUUUCUUAUCUAAGUACACUGGCAGGCAAGCCCAGAUCCAGAGCAAAUCAUACAACUUGGGCUGAUUCGCUCAAGAAGACUGAACCAUGGUAUGGAUAUUCGGCUACGGAUCCUUGGUAUGGAAAGUGGGGUUCCCCUACAAGAGGAAACUAAUUGGUUUUGUGAAGGGAUAUGAUAGACGAUUUUGGUGGUGGAGCGAGGAUCACAGAGGAACUCCACAAAGCCCGGGUAGAGUCGUCAAUUUGCUAGAAGUGGACCAACCAGAGAAGAAAGUUUGGGGCGUGGCAUACGAAAUUGACGAGACAUUGUGGGAGGAAUCCGUGAAGAAGCAGUUGGACCAUCGAGAAAAAGGCGGAUAUACCCAAAAAAAUGAACUCUUCUAUCCACGGGAUAAGACUGAGGAAUCCAAGAAUGUUACAUUGUAUAUUGGGGAUCGAACCCAUCGUCAAUAUGCCGGUCCGGACACGCUAGAGAAUAUGUCCCAAACCAUUUUUACUUCCAUUGGACCCAGCGGACCAAACAAAGAGUAUCUGUAUAACCUGGCCAAAGUCAUGAGAGACAUUGACCCCUCGGAUAAGCAUCUCUUUGAGUUGGAAGAAGCUGUUCUGGCAAUUGAGAAAACGCAAACAAGUUUGGACCGUCGUUUAAUUUCACAAGAGCAAUAACAUCGACCCCCCCCCGAAGGAAUCACCUCUGAAA